AUGCUUGGCCCAGUCCUCCGAAGGCGCGUGCUGCAGCAGCGCACCACUCUCCGAUACGCCCUGCCCUCCAGCCUGGCAAGAUGGUACGCCUCGUUCCCUCCUCACCAGGUCGUCAAAAUGCCCGCCCUGUCGCCGACCAUGACUGCGGGAAAUAUCGGUGCGUGGCAGAAGAAGCCUGGUGACACCAUUGCGCCCGGCGAGGUCCUGGUUGAGAUUGAGACCGACAAGGCCCAGAUGGACUUUGAGUUCCAGGAGGAGGGUGUUCUGGCCAAGAUCCUGAAGGAGACGGGCGAGAAGGAGGUUCCCGUCGGAAACCCCAUUGCCAUUCUGGUCGACGAGGGUACCGAUGUCAGCGCCUUCGAGAACUUCACCCUCAAGGAUGCUGGCGGAGACGCCGCUCCUGCCGCCACCAACGAGUCUUCCCAGCCAGAGUCCAAGUCGGAGCCCGCUCCCACUCCCGAGCCCACCCCCGAGCCCGAGCAGGAUGACUCGCCUGCCGGCAAGCUUCAGACCGCUCUCGACCGCGAGCCCAACAUCAGCGCUGCCGCCAAGCGCAUUGCCAUCGAGAAGGGUGUCAAGCUGGACGGUCUCAAGGGCACCGGCCCCGGCGGCAAGAUCACCGAGGAGGACGUCAAGAAGGCUUCUGCCUCCGGCGCCGCUGGUGCUGUUGCUGCUCCUGGCGCUGUGUACGAGGACAUCCCUAUCAGCAGCAUGCGCAAGACCAUUGCCAGCCGCCUCAAGGAGUCCAUCCAGGAGAACCCCCACUACUUCGUCUCCACCAACCUGUCUGUCUCCAAGCUCCUCAAGCUCCGCCAGGCUCUGAACAGCACCUCCGAGGGCAAGUACAAGCUCAGCGUCAACGACUUCCUCAUCAAGGCCAUUGCUGUCGCUUCCAAGAAGGUGCCCCAGGUCAACUCGUCCUGGAGGGACGGCGUCAUCCGCCAGUUCAACACCGUCGACGUCUCCGUCGCCGUCUCGACCCCGGUUGGUCUCAUCACCCCCAUUGUCACGGGCGUCGAGGGCAAGGGUCUCGAGAGCAUCUCCUCGUCCGUCAAGGAGCUUGCCAAGCGCGCCCGCGACGGCAAGCUCAAGCCUGAGGAGUACCAGGGCGGCAGCAUCUCCAUCUCCAACAUGGGCAUGAACCCGGCCGUCGAGCGCUUCACUGCCGUCAUUAACCCUCCCCAGGCCGCCAUCCUUGCCGUCGGUACUACCCAGAAGGUCGCCGUCCCCGUCGAGAACGAGGAUGGUACCACCGAUGUUGCCUGGGAUGACCAGAUCGUUGUCACCGCCAGCUUUGACCACAAGGUUGUCGAUGGUGCCGUUGGCGCCGAGUGGAUGCAGGCCCUGAAGAAGGUGGUCGAGAACCCUCUUGAGCUGCUUCUGUAA